CAGAAUUGCCAUCAGUCUUCGCUGGACCGCAAGCGAGUAAGACAAUCGAACAACGGAAUGCAUCAUUACGUCGUGCUGCUGGUAGCAUUCCUCGCAGUUGCAGUGACUGCUGAGGCACCUUAUCCUGCAUCUGGAUGGCGUCCGGAAGGAGCCCAAUUUCGUCUACCGACGGAAUACGGUGCACCGUUGCUACUGCUUCAACCCCAGCCUCAGCGAGUAAAUGUUCAAAUAACACGCGAAAACGUACAAUUUGCUGGACGUCAAAUUGUCCAGGAGCAGUCAACUACUACCGUUGAGCCAGUAACGCAAUCAAGCCCGGUAACAACCUCCACAACCGAGCAGGACAAUUUGGAUCCCUUGAAAGUGCAAGGACUACCAUCCGGUGAACGAAAAGACUUCCAGCAGCGUGCGAAUCUCCGUCAGCAAGCUGUUAACCGUCCAUUGCCCGCCAACUUCGCCCAACGUCCUUUGUUUCCAGUCAGUGGACAACUUCGUGCUCUUCCAGCAGUACGAUCAAACGUUUUUCAGCAACAGGUAGUUCAACCUCAACCCCAAGUCCAGCCACAAGCGGCACCAGCCGAAACAUACGGACCACCGGAACAGGAAGAAGAGCAGCAGCAACCGGAAGAGCAACCGGUUACGACCGAACAACCGCAAGUACCGCAGGACGAAAGCGAAGAUGAUUACGAUGAAGAUGGUGGACGCACGGUAGUUGCUGUCUCCAACUCGUUCUCGGGCCAGUACUAUAUACUGUCUCCGGACAACACUUUGCAGCGCGUUGUUUUCAGCACCAUGGUUACGGAUGAAGAUCGCCAGGUGAAUGGAUUUUCCGCUCAGCUGAAAUAUUCCCCGGUAGAUCCAAUUCGCGAUCCAGUUUACACGUACGAUGAACAGGGACAAUUGGUUCGGAUCUACAAGAAGUGAAAUGGUUUGAUGGCUUUUAUGUUCAGUGCUUUGUAGAGUAUUUUCAUGGCUUUAUGCAUAUAUAUAAUAUGUUUUUCUUUUGUAAUGAAUAAAAUGUGCAAUCGAUAAAAUUAUGCAAA